AUGAAAGGCAUUACUUUUUCGCUUAUAGCCAUAUUGGCCACUACUGCCCAUGCCAAGGUUCUGCCAACAGUCGAUUCAGAAAGUGUCGUUCAGCACCUUCAAAAGCGACAGUUUAAUGGUGUUAAAAACUUUUUUAAAGGUAAACAGUUCGGGAUAAACGGAGCCAAAAAUGGAGGACCUUCAAAUCAAAACAUCCCUCAAAGUAAACAGGGACGAAACACACCUCCCAAACCUAAAAAUAAUCCUAGAUUGUCGAGAAAAAAGUUUACAACUAAAGGAAAAACACCACAACCGCCAAGUAAUAAUGUCCCUAGUUCCGGAGGUUCGACACCAUCUGGAGGUCCGGCACCAUCUCCCCCAAGUAGUGGUGGUUCUGGUAGAUCGUUCAAACAGGAGCUUAAAGACAAAGUUGAUCAGCGACAAAGUAGAAUUGGCGGUAAUGGUGGCGAUACUAAGAGAAAAGCACCACAACCGCCAAGUAAUAAUGUCCCUAAUUCCGGAGGUUCGACACCAUCUGGAGGUUCGACACCACCUCCCCCAAGUAGUGGUGGUUCUGGUAGAUCGUUCAACCAGGAGCUUAAAGACAAAGUUAAACAGCGACAAGGUAGAAUUGGCGGUAAUGGUGGCGAUACUAAGAGAAAAGCACCACAACCGCCAAGUAAUAAUGUCCCUAAUUCCGGAGGUUCGACACCAUCUGGAGGUUCGACACCACCUCCCCCAAGUAGUGGUGGUUCUGGUAGAUCGUUCAACCAGGAGCUUAAAGACAAAGUUAAACAGCGACAAGGUAGAAUUGGCGGUAAUGGUGGCAAUGCUAAAAAGACUCCACCACCAGUAGCGCCUAAACCUUCACUACCUCCUUUCGCUAAAUCCAAACAGGCAACACCUCCAGGUCCAUCAAGUCCACCUCCAUCAAGUCCACCUUCAAGGCCACCUUCAAGGUCACCUCCAAGGCCAUCAGGUCCACCUCCACCACCUCCAUCAGGUCCACCUUCAAGUCCACCUCCACCAAGUCCAGGUCCACCUCCACCACCUCCAGGUCCACCUCCACCUUCACCAGGCCCUUCUUCACCUUCACCUCCACCGUCAAAUUCCCGAUCGGCACUUUUGAGCGACAUUGAAAAGGGCACCAAAUUACGAAAAGUAGGCCCUCCAUCUCCAAAUCCACCUUCCAAUCCUGGACCUGGUAACGGAAACUCGCUUGUAGAUUCACUUAAUGAUAAAAUCAAGCAUCGGAGGACGAAAAUGAGCGGUGAUGAGCAGCAGGACUGGAGUAGAAAACGCUAA